AUGGAGGGCAAAAAGCCGGAGAUUUACCACGAAAGGCAAAGGUUACAGUUCUGCCUUGUACAUUCCCUCAACAACCUCUUCCAGGAGAGAGAUGCUUUCAAACGUGAAGAUUUGAAUGCUAUUGCUGAAAGGCUCAGUCUUGAUGAUCCCAGUCAGGGAACCUGGUCUCCGUUGUCCGCGAUUUUUAGGCCUCAUCAUAAUGCACUUACGGGGAACUAUGACAUCAACGUUCUAAUUGCUGCUCUUGAAGAUAGAGGGAAGAGGGUUGUUUGGCACGAUAAGCGACACGGGGCUUCUACUAUUGAUCUUGAGGGGACAGAAAGUCACUUACUGGGUAUUGUGGUUAAUGUUCCAGUGAGGAAGCUCGGUGGACUCUGGAAAAGUAGGCACUGGGUUACGUUGAGAAGGAUUGAAGGGGUUUGGUAUGACUUGGAUAGCGAUCUGAGGACUCCCAACUCUUUUAAAGAUACCGAGGAAGUUAUUCAUUUCCUAGAUGCCAUUUUAGCUGCUGGUGCGCAAGUUUUGCUUGUCAUGGAUGAUGGAAAAUGA